UUCACUUCAACUUCAGCAAUCGGAGCAUCAACAUGUGUGGAAAGCUGUUGAGAUUCAUGCUUCUGGUGCAUGCAUUUUCGAGAUGUGGGGGCGCAUCACAGGAAUCAAAAUUCGUGAGAGUGUCUAACGCGAUCAACGUGAAGUAUUUGGAAAUAUCACGCAGAUCUGUCAUGGGCCUGGUAUCAUGCGCUGCCCUUUGCAGUGAUGGCUGUUGGUCUCUGAAGUAUGAGGAAAACGGAUCGGGCUCAAAAACAUGUGACCUGUACAACCUUAGGGACACAAAGUACACCCAACUUAAAUUCGUGAAUGUUGCAGAUCUGUACAAAAAGGUCUAUCCCCCCGCCAAUGCGUUUGUUCUAAUCGAGAUCGGCAUAUCAUGGAUCAAGGCCAGAGACUUCUGUCAAAGUCAAGGAGGCAACUUAGCGAUCGCCAAUAGCACAGCUAAGAUGGAGAGAUUAGAGAGAAUGCACAGCAGGACAGAUACUCCCCUCUGGAUAGGAGGCGUGACGCAGAUUCCUCCGGAAAAUGGGACAAUCGGAAUGUGUCCUAAGUUUCAAAGUGGACUAGGUGUUGGCGUUACUUCAUGCGGUGAAAUUUGGUAUUUUGUUUGUGAAUAUCAGCUUUAAAGACGAGUUUCAACCGUUUUCGUCGGACAACAAGCAAUUGUAAUCUUGUAAUUAACAGUCUCAAAAUAAGCUUACUUAUGCUUUUUUUGUUGCUUUUUUAUAUUUAUUUUCAAAGAAAUAUCUUCAUCAUACCAUCGAAUGUGUUGAGUUAUUUAAAUUUCUCUCUAUGGAAACUUUUUGCAAAGUUAACAAUAUUUAGGAUUGGAAGAAUUGAUUGUAGCUUUUCGGCAGAAUCAUGUGAUGCACUGUACUAACUAUUCAACAUUUUUUGUAAAUUAAACGACACCAAUCUUAAUUUUAAACAAAGGUACUCUGACCCGCUCCAAAUUAGCCUUG